AUGUAUGAUUAUCAUUACAAUGUGAUGCAGAAACAUUAUGCGGAAAAAAUCCAUCUUAUGUACACUGAUACAGACUCACUGGUCUAUCAUAUAUACACUGAAGAUUUUUAUGAGGACUUAAUUAACAACCCCAUCUUACUUGACAGGAUGGAUACUUCGAAUCUUCCACAGAACCACCCUUGUUAUAUUCCCGACCGUAGCAAGGUACCAGGCUUCUUUUCGGAUGAGACGAAGGGCGAUAUAAUGACGGAGUUUUGCGCACUCCGUGCCAAAUCGUACGCUUUUAAAAUUAUGGGGGMCGGGGGGAAUAGUCCAAAAGAGGAGAUUAGGGCCAAAGGUAUAAGAAMACAUGUCGUUGAUAACCACAUGUCAUUCGAAGACCAUAGGAAAUGUCUUUUUGGUGAAGCCGGUUUAAACGUGUAUAGAGAAAAUAUUUCUAUACGGYCUUUCAACCACCAGUUGAGGACUCUUAAGACUCAAAAAUUAACAUAUAAUAGUUAUGAUGAU